UGGAGGCGGGCCUUGGGGGUCUCAAUCGGCGCCGCCGCCUCUUUGGGCCAGGCCGACUCACGUGACUGACGCGGGCUCCGAAGCGGCGGGCCGCACUGAGGAAGCAGCGGCGGCGGCAGAGGCGGGCGGUAGCGGCCAGGCGAGGGACGGGCUGCCUGCCCCCUCGGACGCCGCGGCGAAAGAGAAAAAUGGCGGAGGCGUCGGCAGCCGGGACGGGCUCAGGCGCCGCCGUCGCUGCGCACAGGUUUUUCUGCCACUUUUGCAAGGGCGAAGUCAGCCCCAAACUACCGGAAUAUAUUUGUCCCAGAUGUGAAUCAGGCUUUAUUGAAGAAGUGACAGAUGAUUCCAGUUUUUUAGGUGGUGGUAGUGGCAGCCGGAUGGACAGUAGCACAUCAACACAUUUUGCAGAGUUCUGGCGCAAUUUGGACCACACGAUGAUUAUACAAGAUUUUAGACCAUUUCUAAGUAGCAAUCCACUGGACCAAGAUAAUAGAGGCAAUGAGAGACACCAAACUCACACUGACUUCUGGGGACCAAGUCGACCUCCUCGGCUGCCAAUGACUCGGAGAUACAGAUCACAAGGAAGUACUCGUCCUGAUAGAUCCCCAGCUAUUGAAGGAAUAAUUCAACAGAUCUUUGCAGGGUUUUUUGCAAAUUCGGCAGUUCCUGGAGGAUCCCCACACCCUUUUACCUGGAGCGGGAUGCUGCACUCCAACCCUGGGGACUAUGCCUGGGGUCAAACAGGGCUUGAUGCCAUUGUAACCCAGCUUUUAGGACAAUUGGAAAACACGGGGCCUCCUCCUGCUGACAAGGAAAAGAUCACAUCUCUUCCGACAGUGACAGUAACUCAGGAACAAGUUGAUAUGGGUUUAGAGUGUCCAGUAUGCAAAGAAGAUUACACGGUUGAAGAGGAAGUCCGGCAGUUACCCUGCAACCAUUUUUUUCACAGCAGUUGUAUUGUGCCGUGGUUGGAACUGCAUGAUACAUGUCCUAUAUGUAGGAAGAGUUUAAAUGGCGAGGACUCUACUUGGCAAACCCAGAACUCUGAGGCCUCUGCAAGCAACAGAUUUAGCAGUGACAGCCAGCUACAUGACCGAUGGACUUUCUGAAGCUAAAGACCACAUCUGAGCCAGGGUUGUGGUAGUCAUCUUACCACAACUGUAAAUUGUAUCAAAACAAAAAAAAUAGUAGGUGGAUUUAGGAAUUGUGUAAGAAACCCCAACCCAUAAUAUUAAUGCAGUGUUUUCCUUUACAUUUAAAGUUAGCAUCUAUAGAUGGGAUUGUAUCUGCAACCAAAUGCCUCUUAUUCCUGAAUUCAGAAUGAUAAUUUUAUAAGUGUGAAACUUAAUUAUGUGGGGUUACUUUGCCGAAAGAACUAGUUCCCUUAAAGUCUAACUAGAGUUCUGCUGUCAUGUUACCUUGUAAUGGAGGUUUUCACCUCCUUGUCCAGCCUCCAUCCUAUUAUUAGUGUAUUUUACAGUAAAUACAGUGUGACACCAAAGCACUGAAGUCCUUCUGAUGUAAAGUCCUUCUGUUUUAAUUGUACAGAAGCAUAUACUGUUGGCCACAUUAGCUAUGAAUUGAGAUCAGAUUAAUUCAGGAAUCUGAGACUGAUUUUGUUUUUUUUCUUGAACCAUCAGAUGGCAAUCAAAGAAAAAUUACAGCGGGAGGGAGAAAGUGGCUUAUCAUUAUACUGUUUGGUUUUCUCAUUUUAAUUUUUAAAGACUACUUCAAAAGAUGCAGUUUCUGCAGGAACCAACAUGACAUGUCUUAGGGGUCUUCUGUUGGUAGGAGUCUAAUUCUGGUUCCUUUUUGUGAAAGAGCUGGACAGCAUACAGGUAAAGAAGGACAGAUGUUUGAAAUAAUUGGUACUGCGGCUUUUAAAUGAUCCCCAACUUGUUUACUGUCUUUUGUCCUGGGGACCUUAAAAUAAUUUCCCUCACAGAAAAAGAAUGACUUCAGUACUGCUUCUAUUCACUGUUUUUAGUAAUUCAUUGGCUUUUAGGAAUUGGGAUUUUAUAUUGUCUCAUUAUAAUUUUUUUGUAAGCCCUUUAGUCCUCUCUGAAACCUUUCUGUUUGCUUGGUUCUGGCAAUCUAACUUGGAAUCUAACUUGGAAUCUAUACGUGGAAUCUGACUGAUUAUUGUGAUCAUGCCCAAAACAACUUGGUCCAUGAGAGGUAGGCCUUAUUUUUUUCAGCCUAACAGUGUCCCCAUGUACAUACACAUGCUAUUUGGCUCAUUUGACAAAGAUCAAAAAUGUCCUUGGAACCUCAAGGUCUCAAAAGGAAAUGAUGGGGACAUGUAAUCACUGUUAGUACCCCCAAAAGGGUGACAGAGGGCACUGUUUGUAUGGUCUUAUCAGCCCUUCGUAGUUUGUAAUGAUCAGAACAAGAAGGCCACUUUUUGGUGAGCCUUUUUCUUGGCUUGGAGUCUUUUCUCAAUUUUUAUUGACUAUCAUACACUAAACUCUGAUUUAAGGGGUGAGAGAAGAGAGAGGUAUCUUUGUACUUUGAUAGAUGGUAAAGGAGUAAUGGAGGAAAGAGAGAAAGUGGCAAAGUGGCCUGCUGAAUUAAUAGCCUGCCUGUAAAAGUUGUGACCAUAAGGUAUGAUUCAGAUUGGGCCCAGAGGAAAUAAAAGAUGUUUUUUUUUUUCAUAUGCCUCUCAUGUCCUACCUCUGUAGAGACUGUUUUUUUGGAGAAUGUGAGCUAUUAACUAAAGGCUAUUGGGGGAUGAAGAAGUUGGAGGGAAGUGUGAGGUAUAACAUGUACAUUUAAUGGCCACUGUUCAGCUGUCCCAGAAAAAUUGUGGUAGCUUAGAAAAUUUUGUCUGCCUGUUAAGUGUCUGGAGGUGCCAGGAUAGGCAUUUGUAUUUUUAUUUAUAGCUAGAGAACUAGAAGAGGUCUGAGUAGCUUCACGAAAGGAUGGAAAUAAAGUGCUGGAAUAGAGAUUUGCCUUUUCAGUACACAGAGUAGUAAGUGAUAUCAGUCUAAAUUAUCUAAAAUUUUCUUCAUUUUUUUGUACUGAUUAGAUUGAGGAGAUGACUGUUUUCCAGACCCCCUGCCAUUUACUGAAUCUAUAGUGUUUCUUCCUAGAAUAGGAGGUAUCUCAGACUUCCAGAUUAAUUUAGGUUAAGGAGUGCAGUUGGCCUCUCUAGAGGAGCAGAACUAUAGGACUUGUUUGUGUUUGUGUAUAUACAUGGAUAGAUUUAUAAUGAAUUUGCUCAUGUGAUACGGAGGCUGAGAAGUCCCAAGAUCUGCAGCCAGCCAGUCAGGAGAGAGACAGCAGUGUCAUUCCUGUUUGAUUCUAGAGACCAGAACAUAGGUGAGUUGAUGGUGUAAGUUCUAGUUCAAAAACCGGAAGAUUCAAAACCCAAGAGAAGUUGAUGUUUCAGUUUGAAUCCAGAGGCAGGAAAGGACUGAUGUUCUAAUAACUCAAGCACUCAGGCAGGAGGAGUUCCUCCUUGCUAGCAGGGCUGUCAGCCAUUUUGUUCUAUUCAGCCCUUCAACUGGUUGGAUGAAGCUCACCCAUAUUAGGGAGGGAAGUCUGCUUUAUUUAGUCUACUGAUUCAGAUAUUAAUCUUAUCAAAAAAUACCCUCAUAGACACACUCAGAGUAAUGUUUGACCAAAUAUAUUGGCAUUUCAUGGCUGAGUUAGGUUGACGCAUAAAAUUAACCAUCGCAAGAGAGAAAAAUAGAAAUGAUGCAUACAUUAGAAUGAUCCUUUAUCCAGUUAAGUUUUGCCAAAUUAACAAUGUGUCUCUGGAAAUGUCAUUUUUCUUUUUAAGAUUUCCCUUUAUCUUUUAAAAUAUAUUUUACUGAUUAUGCUAUUACAGUUUUCCCAAUUAUUCCCCAUUUGCCUCCCUCCACCUGGUAUCCCCAUUACCCCCAACAAUCCCCUCCCUUAGUUCAUGUCCAUGGGUUAUGCAUAUGAGUUCUUCAGCUACUCCCAUUUCCUAUGCUGUUCCUAACAUCCACCUGCCUAUUUUGUACCUACCAAUUUGUACUACUUAAUCCUUGUACCUUUCUCCCCUAUUCUCUCCCUUUCCUGUCCCAGCUAAUAACCCUCCAAAUGAUCUUUAUAUCCUAUGGUUCUGUUCCUAUUCUGCUUGUUGCCUUAAGUUUUUUUUAGAUUUAGUUGUUGUUAGUUGUGUAUUUGUUGCCGUUUUAAUGUUCAUAGUUUUGAUCUUUUUCUUACAUAAUUCCCUUUAACAUUUCAUAUAAUAAUGGCUUGGUGAUGGUGACCUCCUUUAGCUUUAUCUUGUCUGAGAAGCAUUUUAUCUGCCCUUCCAUUCUAAAUGAUAGCUUUGCUGGAUAGAGUAAUCGAGGUUGUUGUAGUCCUUGAUUUUCAUCACUUUAAAUACUUCUUGCCAGUCUCUUCUAGCCUGCAAAGUUUGUUUUGAGAAAUCAGCCACCAGUCUUAGGGGAACUCCCCUAUAGUUAACUAACUGCUUUUCUCUUGCUGCUUUUAAGAUUCUCUCUUUAUCUUUAACCUUUGGCAUUUUAAUUAUGUGUCUUGGUGUGGUCCUCCUUGGAUUCAACUUGUUUGGGACUCUCUGCUUCCUGGACUUGUAUGUCCAUUUCCUUCACCAAAUUAGGGAAGUUUUCUUUCAUUAUU